UUUGGGAGCUUGAUAGCAGCGACGCUUACGUGAAUUCUCGUGAUUUUGUGAAAAAGUGCCGCUCUUUCUUAGCACAGCAUGGGUAAAAAAGAGAAGAAAACGGAGACCAGUGAAGCAUCGAGCGAGGAAGAAUAUGUCGUGGAGAAAGUUCUUAACAAACGUACAGUCAAAGGAAAGAUCCAAUAUUUAUUGAAAUGGAAAGGCUAUAAGGAGGAAGAGAGUACUUGGGAGCCUGUUGAAAACUUAGACUGUGAGGAACUGAUUAAAACUUUUGAAGAAAAUAGGAAAGAAAAAGAGAAAUCUUCAAAAAAACCUGAGGACCGUGCUAAGAAGCGAGUCCGUGAAUCAAGUGAGGAGACCAGUUCUGGUAGGAAAGGUCGGGGGGCAAGUGUUUCGUCGGCUGACGAACCAAAAGAGAGCAAAAGGGAAAGAAAGGAAGAAAAAAGCAAAACUGGCUUUGAUAAAGGACUCAAAGCUGAGAAAAUUAUAGGCGCUUCAGAUGCUACCGGUGAACUAAUGUUUUUGAUCAAAUGGACAGACUCUGACGAGGCUGAACUAGUUCCAGCUAAAGUAGCUAAUGUUAAAUGCCCGCAGCAAGUAAUAGCGUUUUAUGAAGAAAGGCUAACUUGGCACACGCCAUCCGAAUCUGAAUAAUUAGAACUAAGUAUUGCAUAAGUGUUUGUAUGGACUCAAUGGUGGUGUCUGUUGUUUUUAGUUCAUCUUCGAGAGUUCACAGAGCUCGGAGUGCAGCUGCAUUGUAAUUCUACAUUUUAUUGAUUUUAUUUUUAAACUUGCUGCAUAAAUAAAAAAUUCUGGCUGGCAAAAACUGGUUACAUGUGACGUCAUUUG